AUGCAGUCCUUGAUUCGGCAGGCAAGUAACAUUUCUGAGUUAUUGGACGACUCAGUACCAUUUGGAAGUAAGCCCAUUCAAAGGCCAAGUGUAAGUCCAGAUGAAACCACAAUUCUCCUCUUCCCUGGACAAGGAUCUCAGUACAUUGGAAUGGGAGAAUCCCUCCUGGAUGUGCCUGGAGUCAGGGAAAUGGAGUGGUGUAAGAAACAGGGGAUCAAUGAGGUCGAGGCUGAGUGCCGCAUUGCCAGCUACCUCUAUCCAGACUGCAAGGUUGUUGCUGGACAUGAAGUAGCAUUGGAGUUCAUUGAGAAAAAUGCCCGUGAUUUCAAACUGCUUAGAUGUCGACGUCUUCCUGUUUCUGGUGCAUUUCAUACAGACUUGAUGAAGUCAGCUGCUGAGCCAGUGAGAGCACUCAUGAAGCGUAUCCCUAUCAACCCUCCUCUGGUUAAAGUAUAUUCAAAUCUUGAUGGACAUGUUUACCAUACAGUGAAGCAAAUUCAACGAAAUACACCAAAGCUCCUGUAUAAGCCAGUGAAAUGGGAGCAGACCAUGCAUGCAAUCUAUGAGAGAAAGUCAGAUGUGCCUUACCCUACUACAUUUGAGUGUGGUCCUGGUGGGAAUCUAAGAAAGAUUCUUGAAAGGGUCAAUGCCAAAGCAGCUUCCUUCAUGAAGACUUUUCGAGUGUGA